CAUUUACAGUGAUCCCCACUUUGUUAACAAGGUGAAUCCUAUAAAUGCUGAAUCGUGUGAAUCUCACAAGUUAUGUAUCAAGGUACUUCAUCUCGAAUAGCAUGAUAUUUUUUUCAUUUAAGCAGACAAUUUUUAAGUGUUGAGUGUAAAUAAUGUGGAGAAUAACAUGGAUAACUAUCUUAAUAAUAGUUCCCGCAUUCUGCAAUGCUCAUGAAAGAGAUAAGAGGGCUAUCGAAAACGAUUCAAGAAACCAGAAAUCCUUUGAUGGAUACAAUUACCCACCACCGGGCAAACCUUUCACUCUACCAAAUAAAGAUCAGUCUACUAGACCACCAACUUCAAUAACAUCUCCAAAGGUUCGCCCACCGACGUUUUCGUCAUCACCAACAAAGAAUAUUCGCCCAACCGUAUCGCCUACUUUUCCAUCUUCGUCACAAACCUCUUCAAUUCCACAGAAAACAUUUACUGAAAGGAAACCUCCACCAACAAGUACCACAGACCGAAAAACUGUAGUACCAAAUAAGGGUAGUGGAUAUGAAUAUACUACACCAAAGCAGCCGUUCACUUUUCCAGCUUCCACCUUUAAGCCGACUAAAAAAAUUCCAACGCAAACAAAACCACCAUUUAGUUUGCCCACAAAACCACCUGUCCCUUCUAUUCCUACUCGUCCAGCUUUAAUUGUUACUACUAAACAACCAUUCAAUUUCAACACACCAAGUUCACCUAAACCAUCUAUACCAUUUGGUAAACCGACAAAACCGUCCACUUUUCCUAGUGUAACUAACGACAGACCUAAAGUUUCUCAAACUGGAUAUGUCUACACAACCCCAAAAACACCUUUCUCAAUAACACCGUCACCUGUCACCUUUGCAAAAACUCCACAGUUUCCUACAAUAAAACCUCAAACUUCAACUCAACAACCGUUCACUAAAACACCUCGUCCUGCAACUCAAUCGAUAUUUAUAUCUCCAUCUCAAGCAACCAAACCAAACUACUUUCCAAAUUUACCGGAAUCGACUUUAAAGCCAGCAGUAGUUACAUUCCCUCAGUCAUCUACAAAAUCACCAUAUAUUCCACCUAGCUUUUCUACUACUAAGAGACCUCAGCCAUCUCGUAUACCAACACAAACGAUACAUACUUCAACACCAAUUAACAAACCAUUCACUCAAACAGCUAAAUUUACUCCUACUUCACCCACAAAAUCACCAUUUUCCCGACCAUCACCAUCAUCACGCCCUUCAACUCAACAAUCUUAUGUAACCAAGAGUCCUACACAAUCUCGUCCAUCUACACAAGCAACUUUCACAUCUAAAUAUUCACCAGCAAUAAGUACAAAACCACCUGGAUAUUUACCACCUAAAACAGGUACACCUUUUAAUCCAUCAUUUCCAACAUCUCCAACAGGUACACCUUUUAAUCCAUCAUUCCCAACAUCUCCAACAGGUACACCUUUUAUACCAUCAUUCCCAACAUCUCAAACAGGUACACCUUUUAAACCAUCAUUCCCAACAUCUCAAACAGGUACACCUUUUAAACCAUCAUUUUCAACAGGUACACCUUUUAAACCAUCAGGUACUCAACCUAGCAAGACGCCUUUUAACCCAACUCGACCAAAUACACCUUUCGUUCCAUCAGUUCAAACUCCCUCCCAAACACCAAGAUUUCCUUCUCAACCAACUAGCAGACCAACUAUAUCAUUUGGGACACCAACGUCUAGUCCACGACUUCCUUCCCAACCAGGAACCAGACCUCCUCCUUACUUACCACCUUCUUCCCCAAGACCCAACUACCCUACUGUAACACCUCCACCAUAUCCAACACCUUUAUACAGUAUAACACCUAGCACCUCUUCUUUACCUCCUCCGACAGGAUUUCCUGCAUCACCACCAACUAUACCACCUAGUACAUAUAGACCAAAUGUUGGAUAUAAUUAUCAAAUUCCAGAUCUCCCAUUUGAAUUCCGUAGACGUUAAUUACACAUAUGCACUAUUAUUAUAUAAAUUGAAAAAAUAAGUAGAACUCAGUGAGCAGGGGAUGAUGAAUUGUCUUUAAAUCGCUUUUAGGACAUUUUUGAAAGGCUCAUUUUUUAUUAAAAGGCGGUUCUAAAAGAGUUGUUCUGUACAUAAGACAUGUUGAAAAACUCCUAUGAGUAGGUAUGGAUUGACUCAGGCUGUCCUAAAUGCGUCUAAUAUUCAAUCCAUUUCCUAUGCCCACUAGGAAGUGUGUUAAAAAAAAUUUAUCCUUGAUAUCGUUAAAACAUCAGAAUUUGAGAAAGUGGUUUGAAGAGUAAUUUAUAAUAUUGUACAUAGAAACGCAUUUCACUUAAACGGAAGAUUUUUCUUGACAGCUUUAUCCAACGAUUAAUAAAGAAUACAGCAUUGAAGGUAAAUAUAUAAAAUCAAAGUGAAAAAAAUCCUAUUAUUUUAUCAUAUUUGGCAUUUAAUGCUAAUGUAAAGUAUGUCUUAUUGUCGAUUAUGCUGAUAUAUCCCUUUUUACUUUAUUAGAAAGUGUUAUAUGUUAUUAUCAAAACACCUGAUUUAGAAAGCAUUUUUUACAAUAUAAAGCUCUUCAAUUCGGUUACUUCAACGGAACAGAAAUAAACAUUUUUUAAAACACUUCGUUACUGGCGUGACUAGUCGUUCAGAAAUACUCAACAAUUGUAAAAUUUUGAAUUCAAAUUAUUCUCAAAAUGAAUCAAAAUUGCAGAAAUUUUCAGUCUUCUAUAUCAACGAAAAGUUCUGUACGAAUAGAUAUUCAAUAUUUAUAUAGUAAUAACAUAUUAUAACUAAAACUAUGGAUCUUUUGUAUACAUUAAAAUAAUAAAUUUUUAAUAAAUAAAUGUAAUUAUAACAA